CGAUCGUCGAUCUUGUCACGGGUGGACGGGAGUUUCCGUGGACUAUGUAGUUCCUGGGUGGGGCUUGAACUCUAACUCUAAAAGAUUAGGCGCUGGUACAUUGGGCGGGGGGUAGGGGCUCGUAGGGUUGAGGUACAGGGGCAGAUGUAUUAUGUCUCGACGCUCUCUGGGAGGCGUUUUCGGCGUAUAGGUCGCUCGUUAUACGAUUGGAGGUUACUCCUUCCCUUUCGGGGUUGGGCAAGCUUUGAGGAGCUCUCGUUUAAGGCCCAGGAUUUGACCGCGGGGUCGUUUAUCCUCUGUUUUGUUCUUUGUUCUUUUAUUCGCGCAAGUUGGUUUCAUCCCGGAGGACUACUCACACCCCGGACCACGAGAAGGUCUGCGCUGGACUCGUCUGUUACGACGAGCCCUCCCGGGGCUGGCAAUGGACAUUGGAGACGCGGUUGGAGUCCACGUCACCGAUCGCCAGUGCAGCCACCAGGCAGUCUUGGAGAGGACGGUCACAUCACCCCGCCUCCUCGUGUAGUAUCUUCGACUAAUUCAUUCAUUUCUUCCUCACGCUUGACAGACUUUCCCGCUGCCCAGCCGAGAUCAUGUAUUGCAUCAUGCGACGUAUAUAAGCAGGUCCCCACGCGCUCGGAACGUUGUCUCUCCGACCACCUCACCGUCCACGAACCUACUGACACUUUCCUACGUUCCUACGGAUCAAUCCGUUCUCCACGAUAGUCGACAUGCUCUUCACUCAGUCUUUGCUAUAUCUCAUCGCUCUUGCUCUAGUAAGUAGCGUAGGUCAUGCUGUGCCUCAAGCAGAGAGCAGCAGUACCGUGCCCAGCAGCAGUGACGUCUCACCUUCGCUGUCUGUCACACCCUCCAACCCACUCAGUGGUCUACCGACGUUCAGCCUGAGCACCAGCCUUAUUCCAACUGCUAGUC